UAAAAAUCGUCACCAGGUAUAUAUACAGAGUCCCACCCUUUCUAGAUCAUUCCUGGAUUUGUCUAAGGUCUGGCUAACGUUAUCUCAGUGAAGAUCUGGCGUCGAGGAUUUUCAACAGUGUUUGAAGACCAAAACCAAAAAUUCUCAUUAUUUUUUCCUACUCAAGUAAUGGACAUUUGAUUACUACUUUUUGCCUCCAGACUGUUCCAGAAGGAAAACCUAGAGCUUAUCACAAUCCCGCCCAUUAAGCAAUUUUUCAACCAUAAUAUAAAGUCAUGACAGUUUACGCUCUGAAACUGUUAUAACUGAAAGAUUUGUUGCUGUAGCUAAAGCACAAUAUAAUAGCUACCCGAGACGCAGAGGAGAGGUAUAAAUAUCGCACCAAUGGCAGUGGGGCCUGUUGACCCAAGGGAGGUGCUGAAAGGUGUGGAGGCGCUCCUAGGAAAGGAUGGCGAACUGCGCAGCCUUGAGGGAGUCGCCAAAGUCUUCAGUCUCAUGAAGGCUUCUCAUAAGAUGGUCAGCAGAUGCAUGUAUCUGAACAUCCUGCUGCAGACAAAAUCUCAUGACAUUCUUAACAGAUUUAUCCGAGUGGGUGGCUACAAGCUGUUGAACUCAUGGCUCACCUACUCAAAGACCACCACCAACACACCACUACUGCAGCUUAUCCUCCUGACCCUCCAGAAGCUGCCCCUCACUGUGGACCAUCUCAAGCAGAACAACACCGCCAAGCUGGUGAAGCAAUUGAGCAAAGGCGGUGAGACAGAAGAGCUGAGGAAGCUGGCCUCAGUGCUGGUUGAAGGCUGGAUGAACAUCAUCCGUUCCCAGAGUGUGGCUGCUGGUGGCUCACCUGCAGAUAAGAAGAAAAAGAAAGAAGAGAGCAAACGACCUGAAGUGAAGAACAUUGAAAGCAAAAGUGAAGAAGAGAAGAAGAAAGAGAAGCCCAAGGCUCAUGCUCCCAGCCACGCCAAGAUCCGCUCCAUAGGUUUGGAGAUGGACACCCCCACUCCAUUGCCGCCCAAAAAGCCCCCCUCUGCCCCUGUGCUUGGUGACAAAUACAACAUCAAGCCAGCAGUGCUCAAGAGGCCCAGUGGCUCUCCGUCAGACGCCCCACCAGUGGAGAAGAAAUACAAGCCCCUCAACACUAACUCCACCAAGGAGUCCCGCAUCAAAAUCAUUCCUGCCCAGCCUAUGGAGUGCACAGGCUUUUUGGAUGCCCUCAACUCGGCCCCAGUUCCAGGCAUCAAGAUCAAGAAGAAGUCCAAGACCAAGGCCGUCUCCCCUACUUCUAACAAGCCGUGUCCGUUCGACCCUAAGCCCAGCAGCACGCAGGUCAAGCCGUCGUCCCCCGAGGCCCCCAUGUCUCACACCCCUGCUGAAGAGCCCCAGGAGCUGGAGCAACCUGGGACGCCCGUGCCAGCUGAGGACCCCGAGGCCAUGGACACCUCCAGUAAGUCCCCUCCUACAGAAGCCGACAAGCCCAAUGCUCUGGUGGAGAUUCGUGGAGAUGAUGAGAACCUGACGAAGAAAGGGAAGAAGAAGAAGAAUGUGACCUGGGCAGAGGAGGAGCAGCUCAAAGAGUACUUCUACUUUGACCUGGAUGAGACCGAGAGAGUAAAUGUGAACAAGAUCAAGGACUUUGGUGAGGCGGCCAAGCGUGAGCUGAUGAUGGACAGGCACACGUUCGAGAUGGCCCGCCGCCUGUCUCACGACACCAUGGAGGAGCGGGUGCCCUUUACGCCCCCACGGCCCAUCAGCCUGCCCUCCUCGCUGGUGAACUCCGGCGCCAACAGCACCGAGAGACUGACCCAGAGGGACCGCGAGAUGGGCAUCCUGCAGGAGAUCUUCCUCAGCAAGGAGAGUGUCCCGGACAGCCCCCAUGAGCCUGAUCCUGAGCCCUAUGAGCCAAUGCCCCCACGCCUCAUCCCCCUGGACGAGCAGGACUCCACCCCGAUGGAAGAGCCGUUCGUUGACCAGACGGAAAGUGCCGCUCCCUCCGGCUUGCCCAUGGGUGGCCUGCCUCUCGGUGGCCUGCCCCUCGGUGGCCUGCCUCUUGGUGGCCUGCCCAUCGGUGGCCCAGAGGGUUCCAAACUGCCCCCCGUCCUGGCCAACCUCAUCGGCAACCUGGGCGGAGCCAACAGUGGGCGCAGCCCCCAGAUGCAGGGCAACCCCGCGCCACCUGCCAACAACCCAGCCCUCAACGUCAACGUACAGGAGCUGCUGACGUCUAUUAUGGGUGCCCAGGGAAACCAGUCAGCAGAGGACCUGAUCAAGCAGCCGGACUUCUCCGACAAGAUCAAGCAGCUACUGGGCUCUCUGCAGCAGACUCAGAACCAAAACCAGAACCCCAACCAGAACAUGCCUAACAACAUGCCGCCAGUGGCUACCGGUCUUCUGGGCCACGGCCCCGGCAUGAACAUGAACAUGCCCAUGAAUAUGCCCAUGAACAUGCCCAUGAAUGGAGGCUACCCACCCAACAAGCCCCCCGGCGGCCCGCACUACAACCACCCCCCGCCCCCGCACGGCCAUGGGCCCCCCUUCAACGCCGGGGGCCCUGGCCCACGCAUGAUGGGGCCCCCUCCCGGACCCGGAGGUCGUGGCGGAGACAACGGCAACUACUGGGGCGACGACUCCAUGAGGGGCGGCCCACAUCGCGGAGGCCACUUCCACCGUGGCCGAGGGCGAGGAGGCGACCAGGGCUUCAGAGGCAGAGGCCGUGGAGGACCCAGAGGAGGCCACAACAACAUGGGUGACAUGUCCAAGAGGCCUGUAUGUCGACACUUCAUGAUGAAGGGCAACUGCCGAUACGAGAACAACUGCGCCUUCUACCACCCUGGGGUUAAUGGGCCACCUCUGCCCCCCCAGCAUUGACAGUCAAACACAUAACACCCCCUUACCCCUCUCCCCUUCUCUUCACCCCUGUGGGCACUGAAUCUCACUACACACACACACACACACACACACACACACACGUAGACUCAUUCAAACAGACAAUGGCCAUUUGAACACUCCCUCAGUGUUUCACUAGGGGGCAGCUUGACUCGAGUCAGAGCAACUGCAGUGACACACCGGCGACUACUCCUGUGUGAGUUCAGUCGCCGAUGCCAAGCUUGAAUGAUGACACACACACAAACACACACACAAAGAGAGACUCGCCCCAGCCCUGAAAUGGCCAGUACCUACGGUACCUGCUCAAGUGGCCUUAAGCAAAGAACACUACUACUUCUCUUUCCAUGCUUGGUCACAAGGCUUCUGGGAACAUAGUGGCAUGUUGCGACUCACAAAGACUGUCAAGGUGCUCAAGACAGAAAGACAAAGCAGUGAGCUGAUCAUCAAUAUGAGGACUUGCUUUUACUUCCAUACCUUUCUUUGCCCCCACCCCCAAAACCCUGACCCCAGUCAGUGGAGAUUGUGUCCCCAUGACCACUAUAGUGAAUGCAGACAGAGCUUGUUCUUCUGGACAAGGUCUCUGUCCGGUGUCUGUCCUACACUCAUUCCAUCUCUUCCCCCCCAAACCCAUGUUCCCUUCUGGUCCUGUAUGCCCUGUUGCACUUUUUCCAGUCCAAAUGAGAGAAGAACAUAUAGAUUUUACAGAGUUCUAUUUUUUACUAUUUAACAUUGACAGAUUGAAGUAUUAACCCCUCUACAGACUCCUUUUGUGAGCAUACUCUUUUUCGCUCGAGAAGGACCUUUAGACGAACUGUGGAUCUUCAGUCUUUUAAGCUACAAAACCAAGCAAAUCAGAGUUUCAUCUCACUGAAAAUAGAAAAUACAGUGUUUUGUGGCCUUUUUUGAUUUAGCGUCUAGAGAUGUAUGUAGGAAAAAGAAGAAGAAAUAAACAUGCUAACUGUUUUAAGACUGUUGGCAGGAGGAAAGAAAACACAGUAAGGAACAACACUGUUUGGGAUUGCCUUUAAACUUCAGUGACUACGCUUGAACCAUGUUGCCGUUUGCGCAGUCCAGACCUUGGUCCACCUUGAUUUACUGUUUCAUUCCCAAAGCUCUCAGCCAUCAAAUGAGCGCACAUCUGGCCACGUUGAAUUUUUUUUUUUUUUUUUUGCUUUCUUUUUUGUUUAUGUCCAUGUGAAAAUUCCCCAUGUUAGCAUCUCAUAAUCUGCUAAUUUUACUCAAGAGGCCUCCCAAAGGCCUUGUGUUUGCUGUCCCUCACAGCUACGCUGCUGCUCCCUUGGGUUAUUAAAAGUGUGCAGUAUUGAAGCGAGAGAGGGGGACCUAUAGGGUGUGAUGGAGGUGACCUAUUAACGCCUUAUAUUCAUUGACCCCAAAGAGCAGAUGAUGCAGUAUUACGGAUGGGGCAUAUGCACUGAUGAAAAAGAUGAUGAUAAUGAUGACCACUGAUUUGAAUUUGGUUCAUUGAAAGAUUUUUUUUUUUUUUGUCCAAGGGCACAAACAUUCAGCUACAUUUUUGUUUUAUUUGUCUUUUUUGCCUUUGUACACAAAUUCUAAAUACUGUAUUUGGAGGUUUGCCACUGGCUUUCAAAAUUGUAUAUUCUGCUGUUUUUUUCUUCUCUUCCACUUUGAGGACUGUUUGUUAGAGGCGAUUAAUUCAAAGUUGUGAACAUGAUUCAAAUGGAUAUGUGCUGUACCUUAUGUAUCUGUUCGUUGUGACAAUCAUGAGGUGGUUCAGCGCACAUCACCUAUUUUCUAUGAAUGUUAAUGGUGCCAGAUGAGCUCUUUUGAUCAUUUUUUUCACAAUGUGUGAGUGUGUGUCUUCUCACCGUCCCACGUUUAAACUCACAGAUUCAAUGAGGUGGUACGUUUGUUUGUGUGUGUGUGUGUGUGUGUGUGUGUAUAUUUGUGUUGGGAUGUGAAUGUCAGAACCUAAACAGGGGGUCAUGAACCACUCUCUGGGCCAAGCCUUUUCAAAUUGUUUUCUGUGAAAACAGUGGCUUUCAUGUCUCUUGUGGGACUGUAUUUUUUUUUUUUUUUUUCUUUGCAGUUCUGCCCCUGCUCUUUGGUUUGGUUACAUUUUGGUUACAAGUUGUUUUUAUUUUGAUACAUUAAUAAUAAAAUUGCUUCUUUUUAACCUCUGUGCAGAGAAGGGGUUUUUUGUUUGUGUAUAGAGGUGUGUGUAUCUGAAUAAGUGGAAGUCAUACACGCACAUGUAUAUUGCAUAUUAUUCACACAUUGUUAUAAGUAUUUUGUACAUGCGUUAAUAAAUGUGGAAAAAUGGUC